AUGGAGGAGCGGAAAAUAAUCACUGUGGGAUUUGCUCCUGCCUACAAGCUGGUGUGCUACAUCUCCAAUUUAGCCCAGCACCGGCCCGAUCCCGUCACUUUCUUCCCCGAAGACGUGGACACCCAGCUCUGCACGCACUUGAUCUUCGCGGGACCAGUGCUCAAGGGAAACAAGCUUGUCUCCCCUGAGUGGAGCGGGGAUGCUCAGAUCCAGGCCUUGAAGGAGCGGAACAAGAAGCUGAUCAUGCUGUUGUCCGUCGGAGGGUGGAAUGCUGGCCCGGGAUGUGGGGGCCCUAAUUCCAGGUUCACCCUCAUGGUGAAGUCCUCGGCCAAUCGAAAAAUCUUCAUCGACUCUGUGAUCGAGUGCCUCCGACAGCUCGGGUUUGACGGGAUUGACUUGGAUUUUGAGUUCCCGGGGUCCCGGGGGAGCCCCCCUGAAGACAAGGAGCAUUUCACCAGCCUGAUUGAGGAAAUGUUGGCUGCUUUUGAAGCCGAGGCUGAGACCAGGGGCACUUCCAGGCUGUUGGUCACAGCAACGGUGUCUGCCCGCAAAGAACCCAUCGAUGCCGGUUACGAGAUCCCCAAGAUCGCGCCGCUUCUCGAUUUCAUCAACGUGCUGACCUUCCACUUCCACGGAGGCGGGGACGGCUUCACGGGCCACCACAGCGCGCUCCAUCAAGGCUCCAUGGACAGAGGAGUUUUCAGUUACUUCAACUGCGAGUUCGCCAUGAAAUACUGGAAGGAUGGCGGGGCCCCGGCCGAGAAGCUGAUCAUGGGCCUUCCUGCCUUUGGCAGCGCCAUCAGGCUGACCAGCUCCGACACGGGCAUCGGCGCGCCUGCCAUCUGGACCCAGAGUCUGGGCCCAUACACCCGUAAUGCGAAUUACCGGGCCUACUAUGAGGUUUGCAUGUUCAUCAAGCACGGCUCCACCAUCGAGUGGAUCGAAGACCAGAAGGUGCCGUACACCUACAUGGGGGACGAAUGGAUUGCGUUUGACAGCCCCAAGAGUUUUGCCUACAAAGUGCAGUUCAUAAAGGAGAACCAAUUUGGAGGUGCCAUGAUCUGGCCCCUUGAUAUGGAUGACUUCAAAGGCCAGUUCUGCAGUCAAGGCCCCUUCCCGCUAACCAGCACUCUGUGGAGACUCCUUAAAGGCCAGGAGGCUCCCCUGGUUAAUGGUACAGCUGCCACUACACGGCCCUCCGGCUGGGAGCCGUUUUCUCCUCCAGGCAACACAACCGCCACCCAUUUUUGUGCCGGCAAAGAGGAAGGCAUCUACCCGGAUCCCAGAUCCCUGCAGGGCUUGUACAUUUGCGUUGAGAAUGGGGGGUACGCCUUCUCCUGCACCCCCAACCUGGCCUAUGAUGAUGGUUGCAAAUGUUGCAAGUAGGCAGGCCCUUCCCUCUGGUGGAGAACGGAGACAAUAAAGGAGGAAGG